UGUCCGUCCGUCUGCGAGUGUGUGUGCGAGUGAGUGCGGCCGCCGCCGCCGCCGGAUCGGUUUCUCGGGGUUUGACCAGCUGUCCCAGGCUAACCCUGCUCUCUGAAGAUGGAGGAAGUAAAAACAGGAUUACCCUUAGCUACAGCUCCACUGCCUUAGUUUCCAUAGCCAACUGCCGUGCACAAACACACCUCCACUAGGCACAGAGCGCCGACACUAAUAAAAACACAAACAAAAGGGUGAUGGAAGUGAUUCACUGCCUGCGCGGCUGAGCACUGCACUUUGACUAUGGAAGCAGAGGCUGCUGAUGGAUAUAUAACAUGUGACAAUGAGCUUUCGCCCGAAAGGGAGCACUCCGGCAUGGCCAUUGACCUCACCUCCAGCACACCCAAUGGGCAGCAUACCUCCCCCAGUCACAUGGCAAGCACAAAUUCAGUAAAGCUAGAAAUGCAAAGUGAUGAGGAAUGUGACAGGAAGCCCCUGAGUCAGGAAGAUGAGAUCAGGGCUCAUGAUGAAGGAAGCAGCCUGGAAGAGCCCCUCACUGAGAGUAACGAGAUGGCGGAUAACAGAAAGAUCCAGGAGCUAUCGAGCGAGGGAGGAAUCCGGCUUCCGAAUGGUAAACUGAAAUGUGACGUCUGUGGCAUGGUUUGCAUUGGGCCCAAUGUGCUAAUGGUACAUAAAAGGAGCCACACUGGUGAACGCCCCUUCCACUGUAACCAAUGUGGAGCUUCUUUUACCCAGAAGGGGAAUCUACUGAGGCACAUCAAGUUGCACUCUGGGGAGAAACCGUUCAAAUGUCCCUUCUGCAGCUAUGCCUGCCGUCGGAGGGACGCCCUCACAGGACACCUCAGGACGCACUCUGUGGGGAAGCCUCACAAGUGCAACUACUGCGGCCGGAGCUACAAGCAGCGCAGUUCGCUGGAGGAGCACAAGGAACGCUGCCACAACUAUCUGCAGAAUGUCAGUAUGGAGGCUGCCGGGCAGGUCAUGAGUCACCAUGUACCUCCUAUGGAAGACUGUAAGGAACAAGAGCCUGUGAUGGACAACAAUAUUUCUAUGGUGCCUUUUGAGAGACCUGCUGUUAUAGAGAAGCUGACAAGCAACAUGGGAAAGCGUAAAAGCUCCACCCCACAGAAGUUUGUGGGUGAAAAGCUCAUGAGAUUUGGGUAUCCAGAUAUUCCCUUUGAUAUGAACCUAACCUAUGAGAAGGAGGCUGAGCUGAUGCAGUCUCACAUGAUGGACCAAGCCAUCAACAAUGCAAUCACCUACCUUGGAGCUGAGGCACUUCACCCCCUGAUGCAGCACACACCAAGCACAAUUGCAGAGGUGGCCCCGGUCAUCAGCUCAGCUUACGCUCAGGUCUAUCAUCCUAACAGGAUAGAAAGGCCCAUUAGCAGGGAAACAGCUGACAGUCACGAGAACAACAUGGAUGGCCCAAUCUCCCUCAUCAGACCAAAGAGUCAAACCCAGGAUAGAGAGGGCUCCCCCAGCAAUAGCUGCCUGGAUUCUACUGACUCAGAGAGCAGCCAUGAAGACCGCCAGUCCUACCAAGGAAACUCUGCCUUAAAUCCCAAGAGAAAGCCAAGCCCGGCUUAUAUGAAGGAGGACACCAAGGCUUUGGAUGCCACAAAAGCUUCUAAGGGCUCUUUAAAGGAUAUAUACAAGGUCAUCAAUGGAGAAGGGGAGCAGAUUAGGGCUUUCAAGUGUGAGCACUGUCGCGUCCUUUUCCUGGACCAUGUCAUGUACACCAUCCACAUGGGCUGCCAUGGCUACCGGGACCCGCUAGAGUGCAACAUCUGUGGCUACCGAAGCCAGGACCGCUAUGAGUUCUCAUCGCACAUAGUCCGAGGGGAGCACACAUUCCACUAGGCCUUCUCAUCCAAAGGGGACUCGUAUGAAGUAGAAGAACUGCACAUGAAGAAAUACUGCACUUACAAUCCCACUUUUCCUCAGACAUUGUGACGCCUAUUUUGUUGUUGUUGCUGUUGUUGUUGUUGCUGUUGUUUAAUUAUUAUUAUUAACCUUAUUUUUGUGGACCCAACUUCAUUUGCUCUGCCCAGCUUAAGAAUGGAAAGAAGGAAGGGAAGGGGUAAAAGAGGGGUUUGUUGUUGCCGUCACUUUGUGGUGAGUGACCUGCCUUGCUUACUGUGGGAAUUGAAAGGCAGUCCAUUUCUGUCUCCAUCAGCUGUACAUCAUGUCCUGUUUUGGGAUAUUGCUCAACCCUGCUAGGCGCUUUAAAGUCCCAAUGGGAUGCCACUCAUUUACAAUUUGAGGCUAAUAAGCAGAAAUAUUUCAGAGGAGAGCCUUUUUCAAAGGUGUAGAUAUGGUGCAGGAUUUUGGUGGCUGGAGGCGAAGCGGGGAACUUUAUUCUGCAGAAUGAACAAUAAUUUUUACAGCAAAACCAUUAGGGUUUUAGGAGCAUGAAUCAAAGUCUAUAUUGCUUUCAAAGUUACUUUCUAGGGUGAGCUGUUUUUCUGGGUUCAGUGUGUAUUGCCCCUCUAGAAUGUUAAAAAAUAAGGAGAAAAAAAAAAAAAAAAGAGAUAAAUGUACGUCUUAACACUGUACCACAUUACAGCAGUUUAGUUUCAUAAGUCUGAGGGCCUUCUGUGGUAAGUUUGAGGCUUUGUAUUUUUAUUUUCCUUAACUUAUGAAGCACCUUUUUUAGAAUUGUUGAUUUGCUGUUACUCCAUGCCUAUGUGUUGACUCACUGGCUUCUUAGAGACCCUUGAGAGCCUUACUUAUUUAGUUGCACCCUAUGUUUUAAGAAAUAGCAUUUAGAAAUAACAUUUAAACUUGCUUCUAGGACAGUAAGUGGCCUAGGAGUGGGUGAGAGAAUCUGUAGUUUACUCAAGAGGUUCUGCUGCUCUUCUGAAAUAAUUUUGUUUUAAAAUUAUGGAUUUUAAAAUGACAAAAGUACUAGUAGCGAAGUGUUCUUUAACUAUAAUUAUAUAUCUAUAUAUACCUAUAUAAAUAAUUUCUCAUUCUGUUAUCACAGUGUUAACCUCUUGGCAACAACCUAAACUAAGACUUGCAGCUGGGAAAAUGCUAGGAGCCAGGAAUCCUCUUAGCUCCAUUGAGUUUAAUGGAACUACCCCACCUACUUCAGCUACAUCAGGAUCCGAGCCUUGACCAUUUUUCUCUCUUAUUGACAUCUUAUUUGCUAAUUUGCUCAACCAAUGACUUUCUUUUGUUUUUAAGUCAUCAGUUCUGCUUUAAUUUAGGGGUGGAAGUGUUUGCAGAUUUUGCUGGAUAGCCUCUGCUCUUGGAGAGCACAGAAGCCCUGCAAAUGAACAUAUUACCUAAGACCUUCCCUACUUCUUUAGAAAGUGAUGCAUGCUGAUGCAAGUGCUGUGCUUUGAUUUGGAUUUGCAGAUUUCACUUUUAUUCCUAAUUUAUUCGUUUCACUCUAGGGAAUACAAAUGGGGAAAUAAACUCCAGAGCGAGUCCUUGAACUACAGACUGGACAAGAGAAAAAAAACACCAAUCUGUUUAGCUUGCUUUCUUUCUCUCCCAAUAAAUAACAAAGCCAGAAACCAUCCACCAAGUUGCAGGUUGCAUCAGUAAAAACUGGGCAUAAACCUCUGUGACAGAUUGCCAUUGAAACCCAACUGUUUGUACCAAUCACAAUUGAAAUGUUGUUGUUUGGCAACAAGAGCACAGCUUGAGAAUGGAAAGAUCUGCAUGGGUUUAACCCGCUCUGUGCACACGGUCUCCGUGCACUUGGUGAGACCUCUUCCAAAGUAUAAAGUUACUAAAGUAUAAAAGAGGGAGCAAGAUCAGGCCAUAAUGAAUUCCCAUCUGCACACUUCAAUCUGUGUACUCGAUGCAUAUGCCAGUUUGCUGUUUGUAUUGAGGGUACUGGGGUUUUUUUUCUUCUUCUUUUCCUAGACCUGGAGCAUUUGAAAGUAGGAGCUGAGUGGUAUUGAUUGAAAUCUUUUUAUGGUGACAUUCUUGGCAGCUAGAACCUGUGUUUAGAAAGGAUACAGUAGAUCAUGGCCAGAUUACCUGAUGACUGCUUCCCAGCACUGAAAUGCUAUUAAGUAGGAGCUGGUAAAGUCUUGCAGUAGCCUAUUAAUUAUAAUACAAUAUGGAGAGAAAUGUCAUCUUGUGUAAUGUGAGAGCUAUCAAGGCUGGGAAUAUAUGGGCUUUGGAGAGACAGAUUUAAAGACCUAUUCCCAACAUUGUUCUUAAUGUCGUUGGGUUCCUCCCCCUCCUUCUUUCUUCCUCCUAAUGUAGAGGAAACUCAGGCAAAUGAACUGCUGCCGUCCUCCAGACCAUUCUCAUUUUCUUGUGCUUGGUGCAAAGGAGUUUGCGCAGGAGAAAAAUGGGGAGAUGCUGGGAGGGCAUCACUUCUAUUCCAUAUGGCUGAUUCUCUGCAGCUAUGAAGGUUGACUUAGGAGGCAGCCGGCCAUGUUCUGCAUCAGGAUGUGCUUGGAAAUUCAUAAAAGGGGGGUGCUUUCACAGCAUGUCACCACCCAAAAAAGUGGAUGUGAUUUCUGCUGAGGCAGCACAGGUCUUUUAAGAACGAUGUGCAAAAGGAAGGGUGCUGGGACUGAAGGUCACUAGGCUUGCAUGGACCUCCAGAAGUACACGUGCCUGAGCCACAGAAAGGGUUGCUGGCAAUCCCUUUCAGUCUCUGGGGGACAACACUUUGUUCUCCCCUCUGUGGUCAGUGGAAAGAACGUGGGCUAUGGUUUCUUGGAAUAGUUAGCACUGGGGAAAAAGUGUUAAAAAAUUCUGCCUGUGUUUGGGAAAGCAUAGGAAUACAUGAAAGGCAGAGAAUCUCUUGUGUAUCCACAAGUACGUUGGCUGCAAUUAUAUCUGCAGUUUGUUAGUGUGCACUUUCAUUCAUUGAUGAUUCAUUGAUACCUUCUGUAGUGUAUAUUCUGUAGAUGUUUAAAAGAUCGGACAGGGAGGCUCAGUGGUUUUAUAGGUGGCUUCAGUCAAGCCCAACUUCUUGUUCCAAUGGGAGUGUGCAAGAUCUGUAUGUGAGCACUGCUAUGUCCUGGGAUCACAGAAAGAGAGAACUAGGGAGGAAGAAGGGAGAUGCUGGUUUAGUUAUCUUUUUAAAAAUGCAUUUUUUGUAGAGCAAGAAGCUGGGGGAUUGCAUUAAUUUUUAUUAUCAAUGUCCUUUUCUGAACACUCACUGAAGUUUUUCAUCCUAGAGCUAGGGAAAGCAGAAAGAUAAAGUUGUGUACAAAUUUUGAACAAAGUUUUGGACUAGCAUUUAUUUUAGCAUUCACUUCCUACUGAAAUUUAUUGGAAGGUUUUAUAUAAAUUAGCUUGCCCUUACAUGGUAAUGUGCAAAAUGGGACCUCAGAGGUUUUUGGUUUGGUUUUGGUUUUUUUUUUUUUCCCCCCUUGCUUGCUCUCUGCAGAUUUCUAAGAAAAGCUCUUGAGGUUUUUUGAGUUCAUUAUUCAUUCACAAUGUACUAUGAAUUUCAAUAGACACUCCUUGGCCUGCAGAUCCAUUUGUUCUAAGUAUUUGGUGCUGGAGAUCAAACCUGGCUGAUUUUUAUUAGACUCUCUUGAAAUUCUUGGAAUCAGGUUUCCAGUUAAAAACAUGCAUUUGCAAAUUUAGAAUUGGCUUCCUAUGAGCAUUCCCCAUUCUCAUUAAAAAAAAAGACAUUUCUGCACACAUCCCUGCCAGUAAACCCCUUCGCUUCUUUUUACAUCAAAAAUGGCAAGAUUCUGAGUCAAUUUAGAGUAUUACAAGCCUAUUAAAUGAAAUAGAAGUGUGACUGCUUAUUCUGCUCUUGGUAUGAUCCAUAUUCUUGGAGCAAAGGCCAUUAUCUAUAUAUCUUCUGUUACGGCCAAUGAAUUUUACAGCCACCUCUCUUUGCAGUCAGUUAGGAGUGCACAUCAAAAUAUAUAGCAUUUUUCAGCUCUUUACUCAGUAACUUAUGGGAUUAAAACAAUUUUAUUCUCCUUAAAAAGUGCUUCCAUCUAUGAUGUGAUGUGAAAGGUGUCUACGCAUUAACCUCUAUCGGUCUGUAUAGAGAGAAAGAAUCUAAAUUUGUUAAUUGGCCUGAUUUUUCAAUUGUAGUAGUUUCUACAGUAUGAGGAUCAUAAAAUAGCCAUGUGAACUAAAGUAUAUUUAGUAAAAGGUGAAGAAAUUCUCAAAUGUAAGAGUUCUCAGAUUUCUUUCUGUUUACGAGGGUAUUCCUAAAUCAGGCCUGUCAGGCAGAAGAGGAGGCCAGGAAUUAAACCAAACCCUUCUAAACUGGCCUUUAAUAGGACAGUAUUACUGUUGUCUAGGUCCUUAGCUGGCUUUUUCAUAUUUGAAAAAAAAAGCCCCAUUGAAAGAAGCCAGACAACCAACACUCCUUCUUCCAGAAAGAAACUUUGGAGAUAAUUUAGGGAAAGGCACUUAUUUCAGCCAGCGCAGGAGCGGCAGUAAGACAGUUCCUCCGUUAGGUAAUAUUCCUUUCCUUAACUCUCACUGUGCAUUAUAACGUAAUGAGGAGGAAGAAGGGAGGCUGCACUGAUACCUUAGUUGCCUGCGCUCAGUGUGGGAUUUCAGGAAAAGUGCGAUGAAAUUGGCUUUGAUGGUAGAAAUUUGCAUCUUAGCUUGGCUUAGUAUCAUUUAGAAACAAAAACGGAUGGUCAUAAUGGCCUGUGGUCUAGGACAGCUGGAGAUUUUGAGAAAGUAUAUUUGUAUGUAUGCUACAGUAUAAUUAGAUGUAUGCUUUAUUGUAUAUGUGCCUUUUUCAGCUGCAUUUUGGAAGUUCGUGAUGUUGUUCAUGAUACCCUAUCACACCCUUUCAGAAUGCAUGACAAAAACCAACCCAAAGUAAACAUCCCUUCUCCUACAACGUAGUGAGGCAGAUCCCUCUCCCCUUCUGCCACCCUCCUUGGCAGCUUGACCUGGAGAGAGGACCGUCUUAGUACUUUGCUGUGAGAUUUCCUGGAGUCAGCUGGCUUUUAGGAGUGGGAAGGGCUGAAAAUUACCCUAGCAAAGUGCAUUCCAGCUAUCCAGCCAGAGCUGGUCUCAGAGCUGGUCCCAACCAACACAGCGUCCCCAGAGCAGCACCGAGACUCGCUACAAAAGCCCUCAGCUGCACAGUGCCCUACAGAGUGCCAGGGCAGCUGUCUCCUGUUUUCUUCCCCUCCACAGCUUUAAGUAAAGCACGCUUGAAAAUGGACUUUGCUGUGCUUUUAAGUUCCCAUUGAGGAAUAGAAGCAGACUUUAAAGCAUCUGCCACUUGCUUCAACCUGGAAAAAGAAAGCCAGGAAGAACAAACGGCCUUUGGAAAUGGUUUGCAAGUUGGACUGUCACGCUGCUGCCACCCUAAUAAUUGACACAGAGAUAAGAGGAGCCCAUCUGCAGAAGAUGUUAUGGGGGUUUAUUAGCUGUAAUGCUUUGGUGAAAAAUGCAGUGUUGUUUUGGUACUUCCCUGGCAGGUUGAUGACUUAGUUUCAUAUUUAGUUAUUUACCCUGCAUAGGUGCAGCAUCUAAGUGUGCCGGCACAGGCACGGCAUGAAGCCUGCCAGCAGGGGAUAUGGCUAAGCCAGCAUGCUUUUGGUCAACUGGUCAGCCUGGUGCCAGCUCCUUGGCACCUCUCUGUGGGGUUCUGGGCCCACAGCACUCACAGAGAGUAUGUGUGAGGAGGAAUUAGGCAGAAAAGAGGCAAAAUUUGCUUUGUAGUAAAUAUAUUUCCUUUUAUCUCAUAAAGAGUUGUCCUGAAGUGUAGGCCAAGGAGGAUCAUCACCAGUUUCUAAUUUAGCCUCAUACAGCCAUGCCUGGAAGCGUGUGAUUUCUGUCUUCCUUCUCCACUGAGGAUCUGAAGUGAGUAGAGGACAGUCAGGGGGAGGUGGUGUGCUGACAUUUUGCAAUGCUGCACACUUAACAGGCCAAGAUAACAGUAAAACUGGUAUCUAUUUAGAUCACCUAGCUUUUCAGUUGAUGUGCAGACAAGUAUUCCCAGUUCCUGUUCGCUUCCAGCCUUUAGCAAGAUGGUUAUCAGUAUGCUCCUGUGGAUCCUUAUUUGGGAGGAUAACUGCCCAUGCUCUCUCCUUCUGUAAAACUUCUCCUUUACAUACAAAUCAUGGGACUUAAUCAGUGGACAGAAAUUACCAUUUCAACAAAGGCUUACAUUGCUGUAGUAAAAUCUAAUGUUAUUUACAGUUACAAAAAUGAUACUGUGAUAUAUUUACUAGCAGUAUGUGACAUAUUUUAACAGAGUGAAUGAUGACAAAGUUAAUCAGAUCAUGUCUUGAGAGGGGUGCAUAUGAUGUGUGCUCUGUUGGGAGAAAGGGAGCAGCUUGACCCAAAGCUUGGGCUGAUGCUUCCUUCCUGCAGCAGGUAUUGAUUUAGGAACUGCACUGCAGCCCAAGAAAACAUUUAAGCACACGAUCAGCCUCCUUCCAUCCCUUCAAUUAGAUCUGGAAGCAUAGAGGAGCUUUGCAGUUAACCGUGUGCUUAAUAAGUACCAUUAUUUGUGCGAUUAGGGCCUUAUUUUCUAACUGGUGCAGCACAGCAGCUCUGGUUAGGUCUCAGUCGUCAGCACUCAGUGGCGGGGCUCUGCGGUGAAGACACGUUCGCUUACAUUUGUGUAGUAGCCUUAAUCCCUCGCACUCAGUGGUACAUGAAUACCAGUAGCCUCUAGUCUGUUUUAUCAAUCACAGAUAAAAUAUGGAUGCCUCCCGCAAGGCGUAGUGGAGAGCAUGACUCCGUUAUUGGCACAAUAAGGCCAGUUUGCAGUAAAUCGGGCCAUUUAGUUUUACCUCAAGUGACAUCGAAGAAGAAAAGCUUCUUGAAGGGGUAGAGGUCACUGAAUCCCCUACUAUGCACUUACUGGGAUUUGACAUUGCUUACUGGAAAUGGAUGUUCAUUCCUGAACACACUGUAACAAGGGAAGGACUUUUUGGUUAUUUUUGUAGUCGUUCAGAUUCUGAAACUGUGAUCAAUUAUUUGACAAAUUGUCAAGUGUCCUCAGAGCUUGAACAUGUUCACUUCCUCUGCCGUGUAACAGUCUCCUCUGGCUUCCAGUGGUUUUCUCUUUCUGUCUCCCCCUUUUCCUUCUCUGAGCUUUAAGUCUGGGCCUGCUCUUAUCUCCUGUAGUUUUGGGCUGUCUAGGAUUUGGGGGUUUGUUUUUUGGGGUAUUUUUGUUCAUUGGCUGUACAGUCUGUUUACAUAUUUUUGUACUCAAGUGUAGUUUUAUAUUAAAAACAGGAAAAAGAAAAAAAGAUAGUUGAUUUGAGGGAAAAAAAAAAAAAAGGUACGUACUCUUUGUAACACUUUAAAGAUCUGGGUACCUUCUGAGAUGACUCCAGUGAUGUAAUUAUAAUACUGUAUAUUUGCCUUCCUCUUUAGUUCGUUUUAUUUUCUGGUUGUAUUUUUUUUUUCCUAAAAUGUGUAUCUUUUUAUGAGAAACUGGAAACUUUUAAUGCAACUGUUUAGGAUGAUUUAAAAUUGUAAAGUAAAAAAAGUCAUAUAACUUUUUUUUCCUGUUGGAAGAAAACGCUUUAAAAAAAGUUUUACUACUGUUGUAUUCCAGGGUGGGGGUUACCAACCCCAAAUUUGCUUCUUGUGCUUCUUUCUUGGAUCUUGCUUUCUAAUCAUGCUCGUUGCAGACAUGGAUGAUUUGCUUAUAUUAGUUUUUAAAAAAUCACCAACAAAACCACCUGUUUUGGGUUAUUUUUCUGUUAAAGUGCAAUACUUUCCCUGACGUCUUAUUAUUGUACAACAGUUUCUUUUUUCUUUCCCCAGUCCACACAAAUCAGUGAAACAAAACGCUGUGUCUUAAAUAAGUUCAAAGAUAAGGUUCAAGUAACUACAUAAAUUAAGAUUAUGACUGACAAAAGCUGAGAAACUGUAAUUUAAGCCUAAAGCCCAUACCUUAACUCCUGCUUUUAUUUGACAUUGAAAUAACAUCCAGUGUAUGAAUUAAGGACAUACUUGUUCUUGCCCCUUCCUUCCUUUUCUUUUAUAAUUGCAGCUUUCUUUUUCAGAAAAGCACUUAAUAUUCAUGUUUAUUAAAAAUCACAACAGCAAGAAAAAAGAUCUUUUGGUCUGACCCAAAACCCACUCAGCGGAGGCUCUUGUUGACUUUGAUGAUGGAUUUUGGAUUAGGCCUAAUUUCUUAGCUAGGGCAAAACUCCCAUUUACUCUAAUGGGAGAGAUCUGCCUGCGUAAGAAUUACAGGACUCAUGUCCUUUAUCUACCUGAGAGACCAGAAAAGCUUCUUUAGAGUUGUCCUUGUCUUAUAUAAGUUUAGAUGGGACUUGUUUUACAUAUCAUACAUAUUUAUAUAUCGUGUAUUUUUAAUGCCUUUUUUCCCCCCCAGUAGACUGAAGCCGCUGUUCUGUAAAUAUGUAUUUAGGUAUGUAAUAAAACAAAAAAAAAAUCCCGUUGAGAUUUCUUUGAAAGGCAGUUACUGCGCAUGCACAGUAGCCACUUUUGUCUUCUAAAAUUUGUAUUUAAGAUAUUUCUUUUUAAUAAUAACAGAGGUGAAAAGACUAUAUCCCGUUCUGAUUGAUUGCCAAAAUUGUUUCCCAGACUCUUGUGUUUUAGUUCAAGAAGAAAAAUGCAUUUGGUGGGUGACUGUCGUGGUUGCCCAUGGGUUCACACUCCUAGGGCCAAAUUCUGGUAACCUCAUGUAGGUUGUUCGGGUCCUCCCACAAAAUGGGACCUCGCUGCAGCAGUGGGAUCAUAGCAAAGCAUGCACCAUUCUGUGAGCGUAGUUUCAGGCUAUGGGGUCUGACCCAUUUAUCACAGCAUCUUCCCUGACUCACACAGAGUUGCAGUCUGCCCACUUCAGUGCUGUUUUCCUGAAGCAAGCCGGGUGAGCAAUCUGGCAAAUCACCACUUUUCUCCCAGGUUACAAUUUUUUUGUUCUGUGACAGAUGUUCUGAGCUCAAAUUGAGGAAUCUUUUAAAUUAAAAAGAAAAAAAAAAUUAAAAGAACACCAGACAAACCAUAAAGAAAAUCAGAGUUUAUUCCUUAAGCCAGUGAAGACAGUGGGAAUCGUCCCAUUGCUUUAUGUGGUCAUUGGAACAUGCUUUUAUAAAAGGAGUUCAGAAAUGAUCACUAUGACAGCGGUGCAUGCGAGCAACCCUAAUGUAAACCUGUGUCCCCCUGCUAAAAAUGUUUUGCCGCUAUAGACUGAACUAUGGGACUUGGUUUUUUUUUUUCUUAGUAUACAUGCAUACACAUGGUUCCACAUCUGUAUGUGUGUACUCUGUACAUGUGUGAGUGUUGUACAGCCAUGUGAGAGUGUGAGUCUGUAUGUGUGUAUAAAUAAAAGAAGCUGCAGAAACUUUGUAAUACUUUGUGAAAAGGAUUAUAUUAUAAAGGUUUGUACUGUCUUGAGUGCACAGCUACUGGAAUAAAUGUAGGGAAUCUCAGGAACAAGCAUAUAAUUUGUCCAAGAAUUAUUUCUUCUCAGAAGUGUAAGUGCAGUUUUUAAUUCUGUAUAUUAUUUAAUAUUUUACCAAUAAAAAUAAACUUCUGACAUGAAAGGGUUUUCCAUUCAAGCUUUCUGGAAAGAUUUGUGUAUGCAUACGUUUUUCUUUUUUGCAGCAGGAAAUACGCAUGGCGAUUUGGC